CCUUGUCAUUGGACCAUUUGACUUCACGGCAAUUUACAUAAAUUGCGAUUUCGCAACGAGUCUUCUUUAAAAGGGAUUGCUGUUGACAUUUCACUUAGUUGCUCCAUGCAGUGCACACAAAUAGAUUUCUGGUCAUCGCAGGAAUAAGAGACUCACUAAAACGCUGCAACAUUCAAAAGAAAGAGGACUUGAACGAUGGACAUCCUUCAACAAGUUCUUCCACUGGAGGGACUCGCGCAUCCUGCCAGCAUCACCUCUAUUUUAAUACUUGUAGUUUUGUUCCUUUACUGGUAUGGAACGCGUGGCUUCGCAAACCUCAAGAAGCUCAAUGUUCCCGGUCCUAAACCUAUUCCGUUUAUCGGGAACUUUCUCGAAGCGAGGAAGUACGAUGGGAUUCAUUUAAUGCAUCUCGACUACAUGAAAAAGUACGGCAAAGUGUUCGCCAUCUGUUUAGGUGAAAAACCUGCACUGGUCGUUGCAGAUCCAGAGUUACUCAAACAGAUAAUGAUCAAGGACUUUCCAAACUUUCGCAAUCGCUUUCAAUUUAUAAGGCCGAGUCCUUCGUUCAACAAAAACGUUUUGAAUGCAAGAGAUGACACAUGGAAGCGAAUCCGUAGCACCCUGACACCCACAUUCAGCGCUGGGAAGAUGAAACUGAUGGUGCCGUUAAUCGAGACUUCGUGUGAUACGCUGAUGGAAAAACUUCAUAAAAUUGCUGAUACAGGUGAGAUUGUAAAGAUGCUUGACUGGUUUAGUAAGCUAACGCUCGAAGUCAUUUUGUCGACUGCAUUCGGCGUGGACGCAAAGGUUCAACUGGGUGAGAACACCGAAAUGCUGGAGAAAGCCAAAGCAAUUUUCAAAGUUCCAAACAUUUUUCGACAGAUGGCUCGCCUUCCGUUUGGCAAUUAUUUACUUAGGCUGAUGAUCCGGCUUUCCGGAACUGAGUCGACUUAUUUUCAAGGCGUUGUCAGAGAGAUCAUCAAAUCCCGUCGUCAGCAGGGGCCCAGUGCACGAAAAGACCUGCUUCAACUCAUGAUGAAUGCAAAUGAUGAAACCACGGUGGAAGGGGUCAGCAGGCUUUCUGAUGACGAGAUUGAGGCACAGUCUAUUAUCUUCCUAUUGGCUGGCUAUGAAACGUCGAGCAACACGUUGGCAUUUACUCUGUAUUACCUGGCUGUAAACCCGGAUGUGCAAGACACUCUGAGGAAAGAGAUCAGCGAAGCCCUUGAGUCCAACGCUAAGAAACCUUUGUACGAGGUCGCCCAGAACAUCGAGUAUCUUGAUUGCGUCAUCAAAGAGUCGCAACGAUUACAUCCGCCAGCCGCCCAAGUCAACAGAGAAUGUUCCGAAGAUUAUGACCUCAAUGGCAUCCACAUUCCUGCUGGAACAGAGGUAAUCAUUCCAUUAUACGCUCUACAUCACGAUCCCGAUGCCUGGGAGGAGCCAGAAAAGUUUGAUCCGGAGAGGUUCCGUGGACCCUCAAAAGAUGCCCGCCAUGCCUUCCAGUUCAUACCUUUUGGUGCAGGGCCGAGGAACUGCAUCGGAAUGAGGUUUGCUCUUUUAGAAAUCAAGGUCGCCCUUGUCAGGAUUCUGAUGAAAUACAAGUUUGUUCAAUCUCCCGAGACACAAGUUCCUUUAGUGGUUCAUUGUGGUGGCACUCUGUCUGCAAAAAAUGGUGUGCGUGUUAGGGUGGAGUCCGUAAUCUGAAGGUGAACUGGAUUUGAUUGAAGAAAGUCUUGAACACCCAUUAUAAGUUCUUUUAUACACAAAUAACUCCGCUGAAAAUGUUAGUAACAUUAGAGAGAUUUAGCACCGCGUUUACGUGAAACGUGAACGGCAAGAGUGACCACGUGACCUCGUUUUUCCCGCCA